AUGCGUCAGUCGCUUAUUACAGCUCUGUGGGCAUGGUCCAACUGGGCCAGUGCCAGUGCCGACAUAUUUUCUGUGCGCGACGUACCUGCAGUCGUUGGCAUGGAACUCUAUGGCCGUGAAAUAUCCAGGCCGCUAAUGAAAAGAGACACUGCUACUCUAGGGGCGAACAUGGCCACCUAUUUGUCAAAUUUUGUCAAUAUCUCGAUUGGCACACCACCGCAGCCCAUGGGCAUGUUGGUCGACUUACUGACUGAGACAAUCUCGAUCAUUACCGAGGACACACGUGUGACAAAGCCCGAAUGUCAGGAGAAUCGCUAUUGCUCCUUACUUGGAUCAUACAAUAUCACCGAAUCGUCCAGCAAUGGCACCAAAGAAAUUCCGAGUCAAUUAUCGUAUGGAAGUCCCUACACGGUACCCACUGACACUAUCACUAUUGGAGGGACACAAGUGAAGGAUGUCGAACUAGAACUUCAGGGCGUCGGAUAUUACAACUGGAACUCGAUAGGUCUAUCUGCGGAUAACACGUCAUUUCCCUAUCAGUUAGUCGACCGGGGCUUGAUCCGAUCCCCCUCGUUCAGUUUAUGGGGCAAUACAUCCGAAAGCGGAGGGGCAGGGCUACUCUUUGGCGGAAUCAACAAAGCCAAGUAUCACGGCCCACUACAAGCCUUCGGUUUUAACAAAACAUACGGAACCGUGUCCCUCCCUCUCUCAAGAUUCCAAGCCCACACAGACUCAAAUAUCCCAACAAAUUACACCCUAUCUAGCUCCAAGCCAUACAUGCUAAGCGCUCAAUACGUCACUACAACCCUUCCCAAGGAAGCCGUUCUACGGCUGUAUAAGGACUACAACAUCUCCUUUGAGGGCUGGGACGGCGAAGAGCCCCAAUUCGGUCUACUCCCAUGCUCCCGAAAAAGCGAAAACCAUACGAUCUCUCUGAUUUUCGGAGACGCCACUAUCUCCGCAAAAUGGAGUGAUUUCUUCACUCCAUGGGGCUCCGCUGACUCGGAACGCUGUAAUUUCCUCAUCCAACCGGAAGAAGAAAAUGUGAACGCAACGUAUUCCGGUACAAUCGGGACCAUGUUCUCGGACCGUAUGUAUAUGGCCAUCAACUACAACAAUGCUUUUGUUGGGAUCGCUGCGUUGAAUGGGAAUCCUGGGCCGGAUGAUAUUAUGGAGAUUGGAGAUGGCCCUGAGAUCCCGGAUGCUGUGGGUGAUUUCCCGACUUCUAUUGUACCGUACAAGAAACCGAAACCGACGGUGUCGACGUCGACGUCGACGUCGACGGGACUGGCGAGUAUGCCGACUUAUAUGUCGGGUGGUAUGUUUGUCGGUGUUGCAGGGGCUGCGUUGGUAGCGGCGUUUUGA